AUGACAGCUCCACGUAGGUCAGCCAGAAUUGCUGAAAAGAGAUCAGAAAGGGUUGAGAAAACUCAAGAAGAACCUGUGUUAAAGAAGACUAAAAUUUCAAGGGUCAAACCACAAUACAUAGAAAAAAAUGCUAAAUCUGAGGUUCACUUGGAAGUUGGCGAUGAAAUCCCAGACAUGAUCUUAAAAGAUCAGGAUGAUAAUGAUGUUUCUCUAAGAGAUGUAGUUAAAAAGAGUAAGAUAGUUGUCAUAUUUGUUUACCCUAAGGCAUCUACACCUGGUUGUACCCGUCAAGCCUGUGGGUUUCGGGAUAACUUCGAUGACCUCAAGAAGUAUGCUACGGUGUAUGGUUUAAGUGCUGAUAAUGCUAUAAGACAGAAGAAUUUCCAAACUAAACAAAAUCUACCUUAUAACUUACUAAGUGACCCAAAAAGAGAAUUAAUAAGUAUUUUGGGCUGUAAGAAGACUCCUCAGAGCGGUAUUAUAAGAUCGCAUUUUGUUUUUUAUGAUGGUAAGUUGAAAUUUAAGAGAGUCAAAAUAUCUCCUGAAGAAAGUGCUUCCGAUGGUAAGAAGGAGGUUUUAGAACUUGCCAAGAAUCUGGAAGAUAAAAAAUGA